UGAAGGCUAUAUACAUAUAUUGAAACCACUUGAUGAUGCCACAAAAUUAUCUUCCAGUGGCUAUCUUCCAACGUUAUCAACAGUACUACCUCUGAUUGAUGGAAUAAGAACUGUCAUUAGACAAUUCAUUACAUCUGGGGCAAGAGGCACAAUGUUCGCUAGGGCCCUUGACAAGGCAAUCAAUGCAAGAUUUCCGCCAGAUGAAUAUCUACUUAGCAAACAUUAUCAAUUGGCAAUGCUGGUUGAUCCGAGGUAUAAGGCACUAAUCCUAGAUGAUAUCAACAAGAAGCUUGCAAUUGACUUAUUGGAGAGGGAAGCAAUGAGUUUCUACGCUGAAGAUAACCCACCAGCAUCCAUAGGUUCUUCUACUUCUGGUGGUCCAAAAGAGGGUCUACCAGAGAUGUCAUUAUGGGGUCACCUCCAGUCUCUCUCACAAAGAACCAGACCGAGUUCAAAAGAAGAUGCAGUGAAACAACAUGUCCAGGCCUACAUAAAUUCUCCUUGCAUACCAAUGCAAGAAAAUCCAUGUUCAUGGUGGAAACAGCAUUCUCAAUUAUAUGGACCAAUCGCUUCAGUUGCAAAGCGUUAUCUGGGGAUUCCUGCCACUGAAGUAGCAAGUGAGAGAAUCUUCUCGAGUGCCGGAAAUGUGGUGAAUGAAAGGCGCAGGUGUUUAACCCAGGAACACAUUAGUGAAUUGGUUUUUUUGCACCAUAAUAUAGAUAUUUAAGAUAUUUCGAAAAU